AUGAGUGUUUCUUCCGGUGGCGGGACAUCCUACAAUCAUGUACUACGAAUUGAAUCAAGUGAGGCACCAGCUUCAUCCCGCCACAAGAGAUCAUAUGGGGGCGUACUAGAAGCCGAAUCAAGUGACGCGUCAGCGCAGGAUUUUCACUCAAUCAAAUGCCGCAAAGUGGGGAGUAUGUCUCAUCGAACACCGCCUGAUUCAAGGUUGGAUGAUCAACAAUUCAUCAAUCACCUCAUGAAUAACGCUGCAUUUGCCGACUCAACAGGAAGAUACACAGACGCUGUAGCAAUAUAUCUGCAACUCCUGGAUUUGUAUACCGCCAACAUGUUAAAAUGUGAAAGAAAAAACGGUGUGACCAACAGAGGUCCCCAUUCAGGGUGGAUUCUGUCUUGUUUCAAUCUAACACGGUGUUACUUGAAGCUAAAUCAUCCGCAAGCGGCCUCCGAUAUCCUUCAACAAGCCUGGAACCCAGAUUCAAGUCUAGCCAUACCUGCGACACAUCCAAAGUAUCUGGAACUAUCCCAUUUGUACUUCGAGAUUGAGGAUAGGUUACAAAAUUCUUCUAAUACUAAGAAAUACAUGACUGAAAAAAAUAAUGCUCUUCACCUUCACCAGGAGUUUACACCAGAAAGUUGUCAAGACGAAUUCACCAUCAAUGAUAUUUUGGAUCUGGUAUAUAUGUAUGGUCAAGAUUUUCUGUCUCGAGAGCAAUCACAAGAUGCCAUCUUGCUUUUGGAGGGGGAGAUAAGUCGCAUCACAGCAGAAAACAAACUAUAUGAAUCAAAAUUGAAAGAAAGGAUCGUCAAAAUCCACCUACUUCUUGCCGAGGUGUAUUUGCAUGUUGGCCAACCACUCCAGGGAGAAGAGAUUUUGAAGCGAGUAUGGGAUGCUGAAAGCCGUUUCUAUAUCAAUCAUCUUGAUAAAAAUUAUCUUUGGAUGGCACAGCUUUAUAGGCAAACCAGUAACAAAGAGCAGUGCGACACCACGUCUUGCAGACAUCGAGCCCAAAAAGGAAGGGAACCCACACUAUACAAACGGCUUGCUCUGACCCCAAUGGCUAUUCCGGCCAAGAUCAAGAGUCAUUGGAAGUCUUGCAUGUUGUAUUUUCAUCCAGAUAAGGGUGGACACACUGGCGUAGCACAACAGAUUACGGCGGCUGCUACAGUGUUACUUGAUCCAGAGAGUCGUCGCCGAUACGAUUUAAAGAUUAAUGCUUGA